CCUUAAUUUUCUUCCUUUCGUGGUUCUAUUUUUCAAGCUCCAAACGCCUACUUAUGCGCGAGAGAGAGAGAGAGAGAGAGAGAGAGAGAGAGAAUGGAGAGAAUGAGUGGGAGCAGCAGCAACAACGUGAACUCGGUUUUUUACGCGGAGACGUACCAUCCGAUUCAGGCCGGAAGCAUCGACGGCACCGACACUCUCCCUCACGACAACGCCGUCUACCGAGCCCUCCUCUGUUCCCAAGCCGGCCUCUAUGACCCAUUUGGGGAUCCUAAGGUUAAAGGAAACCCUUACUGUACUAUCUUCGUGGGUCACCUUUCCCACCUCACUACAGAAGAAUCUCUUCGCAAGGCUAUGAGCAAAUACGGAAAGGUUAAGAACUUGCGAUUGGUCAGACACAUUGUUACUGGUGCCUCACGUGGUUAUGCGUUUGUUGAAUUUGAGACUGAAAGAGAGAUGCGGCGGGCGUAUGAGGAUGCUCACCAUUCACUAAUCGAUGAUUCUGAAGUUUUGGUUGAUUAUAACAGACAACAGUUGAUGCCUGGAUGGAUUCCAAGAAGGUUAGGAGGGGGUCUUGCUGGUAGGAAGGAAUCAGGACAGCUCCGCUUUGGUGGACGAGAGAAACCAUUUCGAGCUCCUCUGCGAUCAAUCCCCUGGGAUGAUUUGAAAAGACUUGGCAUUCCCCUUCCUCCAGAAGGACGAUACAUGUCACGCUUUCAGGUAAUUUUCUUCCCCAAACCAUAUUACAUAGUGGCAGGUUGCCGCUGCAGUAAAAACACAAUAAUCGUUCCCAAAGAAACUGUUAGCUCCCUCGAAGGAGUUGCACUGCCUGUAGAACUGUUGCUUAAAUUUCCUCAAUUUUCACAUACAAUGCUUUAACAUUAAUCGUUUGUGACUUUAUUGUUGUUUCUGUUAUACUUUUUUUUUUUUUAAUGAUGAUUCCUGAGCUAGCUUCUUACCAGACUUGAAUUCAUCACCAAGCCUUCCUUCUUGGAAUUUUUGUUAUUUGUCCCUGGCUGUAGGUUCCAUCCCCGCCACGAAGAAAAAGGAGCUCUGUCGACAGGGAAGAACACUCUCACAGGCGCCAGAAACAUGGUAAGCAUUCUCAUAGACGUGAGAGGACGAGGUCCACUAGUCGGGAUCGCUCUUCGGGUGACUAGAUUGUAUGUCAAGAGGGAGGGAGGGAGGGAGAGAGAAGUGUUAAAUCUUUGCCUAAUUUGGUGCUUUUUCUGAGUUAUGGAUGUAGCAUAUAUAUUACCAUAAUCCAUCUGUCUUCCAUACUUUUGCCCCGUCUUCGAAUGUACAUAUGCUUCUCAUUGGAUC